AAAAGCUGAGGUGUCACGGUUGCCAAUGCCAGUGUAUCGAAUAACUUCGGUGAUUGUUGUCGUGUCGUGAUCAGUUCGAUAUUGAGACUUGUUGAUCUCGACUAUUGACAUUUAUUCACUGAGUAUUUCCCAACUAUUUAGGUUCAAAAUGGAAGGAAUGGGCUUCACAUCUGCCUUAGUUGGCAUUUUCCUGAUUUUUACGUUGACUCCCACGCACGCGCGGCCGCAAUUUCAGAAUGACAUAGUAGAAGCCGAUGGCUUCAUAUUCGAUGGUCCAGCAGACAGAUCAGCAAAAUUUCCCAAUGACAAUGGACGAACACCUCGCGAUUUUCCACCUCUGAACCCCCCAAUACCAACCCCUCCAAACUCAGGGGACACGAGCGGCACCACUACCACAACCCCAUCUCCAGCGAUGACUCGAUGCAUGCAGAACUGUCCGGUGACAGGACAGUACAAUCCAGUCUGCGGAAGUGACAAUGUCGUAUACAGCAACAUAGGGAAAUUAGAGUGUGCUGCAAGCUGCGGCACGCCGGUAACGUUUCGUCACUUUGGUCAGUGCUCCAGCAACGUCAGAGGAAAAUAAGAGGAAAUUAAUGAGUUGUGGCUCAAUCCCCCGGUUGAUCAACUUCGUACUGACUUUGAUAUUAUUACUUUAAUUCAAAUGUGCCAAUUGUAGAAGUAGGAUAGGUUCGUACAAUUAUUUAUAAAUAAGAAUGAAAUAAGACAACAUUUUACGCAUCAACUUUUACCUGGAUUUCUUCUGCUAAAUCCGAAUUCAUCUUUAUUAUUCAAAAAUCGUAUUUAAUUAUUAUAUUAUUUCAAUUAUAUUCUACAAAUAUGGA